AUGAGCAUUGAUGUACAACCGGGUGGUGUCUCGGCAUCAAAUUCAAAUUCACCUUCAACAUCACCUUCAACAUCAACUCCCCCCAAACCAACUGCUCCCAAACAAGAACCCCAACCCCAACCCCAAAACCCUAGCCCAAACCCUAGUCUAAACCCAACACCAACACCAACACCACCCCCCUCCACCGUGACAACAACAGCAACAACCCUCCUGACAACCCUCCUAUCCCCCUUCACCAAACACCCCCAACCUCCCCCUCCCCCAGAAGCAUACUACACACCCACCGAAAUCCCACUCUUCAAACGGCUUCAGAAAACGCGGCUGUCGCGCACGCGCGAGAAACAGCUCCUCCGCGCUGCAGAGCGCGCCUUUGAUGAUCCGCCGCCGCAGCCGGCGCCUGGUGAUUGUUGUGGUAGUUCUUGUGAUCCCUGUGUGAGGGAUUUGUGGGGGGAGGAGAUUGGGGUUUGGAGGGGGAGGUGGGGGGAUAGAGCUGUUGAGGGGGGGAAGGAGAAGGAGAUAGUGGAGGGGGAUGGGAGUGGGAGUGGGAAGGUUAAUGGGAAUGGGAAUGGGAAUGGGAAUAAGGGUAGGAAGGAUUUGGAGUGGUGA